AUCAGGAAACCACGACCUUCACAAUGCCCAUCCCGAGGAUGGAGGGUUUCUGAUCGCCCAUCGGAUGAGGUCCAGAGUCCAACGUCAUCAGAGACGGGAGGAGGCCUCCACCCUCCGGAGCCAUUCACACCAAGAGAGCGCGCACCAGGGCCCCUGAGCAGCACCUACCACUGGCCAUGGAGCAGCACGCCGAGGAGGAGGUCAUUCUCUGUCCCAGUUGCUUGGCAGGUUAUGAAGAUGGAGAGACAUGACCAUCCUGGCCUGCGCUCACGAGUUCCACACCAGCUGCAUCCACCGUUGGCUUGAAGAGAGCGCCAGCUGUCCAAUCUGCAGGACUGCUAUUCCCAACCAGCAGGAAGACCAGCCACUCCUCCCUGGGGACAUACACAAAGUCGUCAUUGGAGACAUGCAGAUUCGGUAUAUCAUUGAUGAUGAUGGUGCUAUACACUUGCCAUUUAUUGUGUACCU